UCCACAGGGGGGCGGUGUCUCAAAUGAAUCACCACCCACCUCCAUCACCCGGAAACACAAUCACAAAGGGUCCUUUGGCAUUGCGCUUCCAACAUGGCGGUGAAUCUUACAGACCUCUCCCUGCCUCAAUUAGAGGGACUGAAAUCCCAACUAGAUCAGGAGAUUGAGUUCUUGACGUCUUCAAUAGGGCAGCUCAAAGUUGUCCAGACGAAAUAUGUUGAAGCAAAAGAUAGUAUGAACGUCCUGAACAAAAACAAUAAAGGAAAAGAAUUGCUCGUGCCACUUACCAGUUCUAUGUACGUCCCUGGAACAUUAAAUGACGUGGAAAAUGUUUUAGUGGAUGUGGGGACAGGCUACUAUGUUGAAAAGAAUGUGGAAGCCUCAAAAGCAUUCUUCAAACGCAAAAUAGACUUCCUCACAAAGCAGAUAGAGAAAGUUCAGCCAGCCCUUCAGGAAAAGCAUGGCAUGAAACAAGCUGUGAUUGAAGUAAUGAACGUGAAGAUCCAGCAGCUACAACAGAGCCAGCCGUCAUCACAGAUGAUUGGGCCCGCCAAGGCUUAAUGAGAACAACGAUUUGAACUCUUCAAGAUUGGGCGGGAUUUUUAAGUGUGUGUGCAAAUAACUCACAUCUGCUGUUGUAGGACAAGAAAAUGCCCUCCAUUAAUCUAAAGAAGUCACGUUAAAUGUUGUGUUAAAUACUGAAGAAUUAAAGUUUUUUGUUUCUAUCUGAAAUAAGUGCACAAACCUUGUCACCAGUAAAUUAUAAGUAGGCUAUUGUCACAGUUAAGCAAUCAUGUGUACGUGGUCAAUUUUUAAACCAAUUGGGUGUCCUUAGUUUGCAUAAUUAAAAAAGGGUCGCUGUGCAUUCAAGGAA